UGGAUAAAAGGUGCAGCAGCGUCCGCCAAACCCUGGAGGAUUGUUUCUUUCGGAUCAGGUCGAAUCGAUCGUACGCUUACAGUCGCCAAACAAUUCAUUCCUUAAUCUUCUUUUUUCUUGUUACGCCCCUCCCUCACGGCCUCGGCCCCAGUCACUCGUUCAACUUUCGGUUGUGUUGUAUUUUGUUUCUAUAUUUGACGUGAAAUCCGAUCUAUAUUAAUUCAUCCAGUAAACAGCCAAUAACGACAUGAAGGGACUCCAGGCAGGACUCCCCAUGGCGGCGCUCGCUGCCGUAGCCCGCGCCACCUCGGUCAUCGGGGGCUCGCAGGGCGAAGACCGCGGCAGUGACGCCGCCUUGCCGGUCGACAACAAGUUCCGGAGCGAGGUGAACGACUACCACUCCGACGACCACUCCCUCGAUUUGGACGCGAAGAAGACCGUAAUCGAGCCGGGACAUGGCCGCCGCCCUCACCACCACAAGGCCAGAGGCGAAGGCGGCUCCAACGACGGAUUCUCCGACGGUUCGACUUAUGUGAAGCCGCAGGCCCACGUCGAGAACCAUAACGAGAGCGCCUUCCACGAAGAUGAUCACUCCGUUCAGCUGGAGAAGGAUGUAGUGGAGGUGGUGCCGCCCCACGGUCGUGGCCACCACCAUGCUCGCGGCCAGCACGAGAACGUCGACCUUAUCGGGGGACCGGGUGGUGUCGACACUGGUAACACGUUCGC